UGCGCAUUUAAAACCAGAUAGGAAACUGUUUCAGUGCGCAAAAACAAACAUGGCACGACGCGCAACAUCUCUUCUGCCUCACCGCUGGUCCUCUCGUGUUUUCUCAGUGGAGCAGGAUGGAGGAGCAGCUUUCUACUUUGCAACUCAAGAGAAGCACCGAGGAGGAGGAGGAGGAGGAGGAGGAGGAGGAGGAGGAGAAGUGCCGCUGGUGUUCAGAGAAGUACCAAACCGUGCUCGGUGUUAUUCUCUCCUCGUCUGCAGCAGCGACAGAAUCAGACGUGCCAAGUUUUACUGGGAGCUCAAAGACAAAUUGUUGAGAGACUUGCCUCCAGAGUGUCAUUUGUCUCCCAUGUCUUCGUUUCUGCCAAAUGUCAGGGAUUCUCUCUUGAAGGGCUACUUUUUAAAAGAUCAUUCAGAGAGUUCAUCCCCAACAGAGAGACUAUUGAGAGACUUAAUACAGCAGGAUCCGGUGUUAGUGUGCUCAUACUUAAGAUGUGAGGACAGCCAGAUGUGGACUCAGCAUCUGUGGUCUCCUGAAGACAGCCAAACUGUGGACAUGACAAAGGGUUACUAUGUGGUGAACUCAGAAGAGCCAGAAUAUCACCCAUCUACUCUCAACAUCAUCAACUCUGAUGUUUUCUACAGUGUUGAGGAGGCCUGUGAAGUUCUUAAAAAGUGCGGUGACAUCAUCCCAGAGGCGACGUCUGCGCUGGAGCUGCUGCCCGGCCGAGCGGAGGCCAGAAGUAAACCAGACUUCCCUGUUAUUGUCAUAGAAGGCCUGGAUGCCACAGGUAAGACCACUCUGACCGAGUCUCUGAGGGAUGCUCUAGGGGCCUCUCUUCUGCGCUCCCCUCCCCAGUGCCUGUCCCCCAUGAGGGCCCGCUUUGAUCAGGAGCCGCCCCUCAUCCGCAGGGCCUUCUACGCCCUAGGGAACUACAUCACGGCAGAACAAAUAGGCCAGGAGGCCACGAAGACACCUGUCAUCGUUGACAGAUUCUGGCACAGCACGGCAGCGUACGCCAUUGCCACGGCAGUGAGCGGCCCGGUGGGCAACCUUCCAGCGGAGGGUUCGGAGGUUUACCGUUGGCCCGGUGACCUGCUCCAGCCCACCCUGGUGGUCUUACUCACUCUGGACGCUGAGGAGAGGAAGAGGAGGCUGAGGGACAGAGGUCAAGGAAAGACCGUAGAGGAGCAAGAGCUGGACCACAACAAGCUUUUCAGACUCAAAGUGGAGAAGGCUUACCACAGGAUCAGUGGCCCAGCAUGCAUCACUGUCGAUGCCGGUCCUUCUGCAGACCAAGUGCUCCAGCAAGUGCUGCUUUUAAUUAGGGGCAAAUGCCACUUGUAAACAGUUCUCCAUCUCCCCUGCUGUCGGCCAAAGCAUCAAGUGGAUGCAGUACCCCCUUUCGCCACUGGGUGCCAGUAAGGUGCUGUGAAUGCGCUGGUUAGUGGGAGGAACGGUGGCCAGAUUGGAGUGUGGAGAAGAGAUUCUUUUCAGAAUGAGUAAAGGUUGAAUGGCCAGGGGCCAGAGCUGCAUGCUACAAUCAGAAAUACAUAUUCAUGUAGACACACACAUUCAAGCACUGAUUCUGACACACACACACAAAAGUAUUGUAAAGAAAAGUGUGCACUUACAGUAACUGCUGUUGUGACCUCUCAGAAAUCAGACCCUUCAGACACAGUGUAGCUGCACUUAUGGAUUACCACUUGUAUUUGGACCGACACAGAGGAAAUGGAUAGAAACAUUUAUGUAAACACCAGUCAGUUAGAUUUCAUUUAAGCACACAAACAGACAAAAAUAAAAAAAAAUUAGGGCUGUCAAAAUUAAUGCGACAACGCGUAAACGCAAAUUUGUUUUAA